UUACAUCAUCAUCUCAGCUUACGUAUACAUUUCAUCUACUAACACUGAGAAAUGUUGUCAGAAUCUCGGAUUCGAUCAGAAGAACCUCCAUUACAAUCUGGCUAUAGGAAAACGUGUCUAGAUCUAUGAAAGUUUGGCAAGCGGUAACACAAUGUUGGCAAUUGGACCUUGGACUCUGCACGUUUGCAACAUUUGCAACAGAGUCGUUGUUGCACUGCAAUACACUCACUUCUGGCUGUCUUUACCUGCCACUGCGGUAGCUGCGGCGACGGGAGUGGCGUCAAAUGGCGCCUGCAGCUGUCCAAAAAGCGUCGUUGUUCAAGUUUCUGUUGUUGCUGCUGCUGCUGCUGCUGCUGCUGCUGUGUGUCAAGUGCCAACAAAAUGGACAUGUGGACACAGCCCGGCGGCAACUUUGAGGCAUAGUUCAAAAACAUGUUUACACUCGCACUUACACACACGUACACCACACACACACACACACACGCGAAUACGUAGUGUCUGCAAUUAUUUGGCUGCUUUCUUUGAUGUCUUAUUGACAAGCUGAGUAACUUAGUGGCCUGUCAGUUGGCUUUGUUCGAUAAAUAUGUAAUUUAAAAGCCAUGAAAAAGAAAGUGUUGCACUGCACCGAAUUGGGUUAACCGCAAAAGUAAAAGUUCUGCAAGUGCCCCACAAUUUCAACUCCACUCAACUCAACUCCUCCUCUUUUGCAUUUCAUCUGUUGCAGAGACGUACCAAUAAUGAAAUUCGUGAUUUUGCUAUGCGUGCUAAGUGCGCUGCUGCUGCAGAUUGAGGCGUCGCCGGUGCAGCUGCUAUCGAGAAGCGAAAGGGCCGUCGCCCGCCAGCAGGCGGUCAACAACGAGGUGGCACCGGCGGCAGCGCCGGCCAGCGAAGAUGACGACGACGACGAUGAGGAUGAUGACGACGAUGAGCCGGAUUUGGGCGACUUAGUUGAUGACGAUGAUGAUGAUGACGAUGAGGAAGACGACGAUGAUGAGGAGGAAGAUGACACGCCACAGGGUCAGGCAGCGCCAGCAGCGACCGCCAGCGAUGAUGACGACGAAGAGGAUGACGAUGAUGAUGACUACUUGGAUAGACUAUUCGAUGAUAUUUUAGGCGAUGAUGACGAUGAGGACGAUGAUGACGAGGUGGCGCCCGCUGCCAGCGCCCAGCAGAGCCCUGCUGCCGCUGCACCCGCGCAGGCGCUCGAAGAAGUCGCGCCUGCCGCUUCCAGCGGCUCACUGAGCUCGGGCAUUUCUGAUGGUGUCGACUUGCCCGCGGAGAGCGGCAAUGCUGCUGAGCCCAUUGCGGCCGGCAACACUGUUGAGGAUGUGGCCGCAGCUGCGGCGCCCGCCCAGUCGGCGAGCAACAACAACAACGAAGGUGCGCUGACAGGUGACGACGAGGAGUCUGACGACGAUGACGAUGAUGAUGACGAUGAUGAUAUUAUUGGCGAUGACGUCAUCGAGGCCAGACGCGAAGCACGUGAUCUGAAAAACAACGUCAUUGACAUGUCAACGGAUGCAUUCCAAGCGCGCCAUAAUCAUUUCAUCGAUGCCAUAUUCUCUCGCAUAAAUCGCAUUGUGGCCGACAAUUACGAUCCGUUUGUGGUACGUUUGGCCGGGCGCUCGGCCACGCCCACCUAUGGAAGCGCUGCCGUGAAGACCACAACAAAGACCAAGGGAAAUGCUAACCACAAAGCAACAACUCACAAAAAACUCAAGAACACCCGCUCGGAGCCACGCACCGCCAGCAGCACGGAGUCUGUCAAAUUGCAGGAGCAAUUGACGCAAUUACAGACAGAACUUGGUAUCAAAGCCAUCGAACAGCAGGCGGUGGAGGAGCAGAGGCAACAGGCCGUGGCAUCCGGCUCUGGCAAAGCGGAAACUCGCACCGUGUUCAAUGGGGAGCAGGCAAGCGUCAAAGCCAACCAAAAGAAAUCCACGGCCGGACAGCAGCAGCAGGCGACGCAUAAACACAACACGAAAAAGGCAGCGGCUGCGGCGGCGCUGAAGGCGGGCAACGCCAACUACAAUCAGCCAGCCGGCGUGGGGGCAUCCAAGGCGGGCACGGAAGUGGAGAAGCUGCAAAAAGCCGAAGGCAGUCUGUCCGGUCUGGCGUCACUGAAACGUGUGGGCAACGUGAAGGUGAUCAGCGAUGCGGAAGGACGCAAUUCGACCAUUAAGGCCAGAUUUACGCUGGGCCCAUUGACUCUGCGCGUGGAGAAGUCCUUUAAGCGGGGCAGUGUGCGCAACGUUAAAAGCGCCACGGCCAGGACCAACGAGAUGAUCGGCCGCAUCAAGUUCAGUGUGCUGGAUGAUCGGGCCACCUUGAUGUCAAUCAAGGUGCAGCAGCCCAAACAGGUGGAGGUGGAGAGCAAGGACAAUCACGACCGAACCCGCGAAUUCGUCUGGCGUCGCACCCCCAAAAUCGCCAAAUUGGUCAAUGAGAAGCUCAAAUUGGCAGCCGAGUCCCUCUUUACGCCGCAGGGAGUUGAAGUUGUGAGACUCUAAGGGGCAGACAGUUGCCAUCUUUUGCACAGCCAGAUAAAUGUAGUCCUAAAUCUAAUUUUAAUGUCUAAUUUAUUUAUUUAAUUUAUUUGCUCACUAUUUAUUUUUCUAUUA